AUGGACAUCUCAGCUACUCUGAAUCUGUUGAGGGCGUUUGCAACUGGAGGAUAUGCUGCUAUGCAGAGGAUUACACGGUGGAACCUGGAUUUCACAGAGCACAGCGAACAAGGUGAUAGAUACCGUGAACUAGCUCACCAUGUAGACGAGGCUCUUUGUGAGAACCCAGGAAGGUGGGGCUGCCACACUCUUGGAUUUAUGGCUGCUGCUGGACUUACAAUUGACCAUCCAAUCAUGACGACCACCGAGUUCUGGACAUUGCAUGAGUGCUUGCUCCUACCAUAUGAACAGUCUGUUACUAGAUUGGAUUCCACAUCUGGCUUGUACUACGAUUGUUCAGCCCAUUUCCUUUGGGUUGGUGAGCGAACUCGACGGUUGGAUGGUGCUCAUGUUGAGUUCCUGAGAGGAGUUGCUAAUCCACUUGGGAUUAAGGUAAGUGACAAGAUGGAUCCAAAUGAGCUAGUCAAGCUCAUUGAGAUUUUGAAUCCUCAGAACAAGCUAGGAAGAAUCACCAUCAUCACCAGAAUGGGGGCAGAGAACAUGAGAGUGAAGCCUCCUCAUUUGAUCAGAGCUGUCCGAAGGGCAGGGCAAAUUGUAACUUGGGUUAGUGAUCCUAUGCAUGGAAACACCAUCAAAGAUCCUUGUGGUCUGUCGCGCCCCACUUUUUGA